CCACCCCCAGACUCCACACUCCAGCUCCCUGCACCUACCCUUUCCCCAUACCCACCCUCCUCCACCACCUUCACACACCCCUCCCUCUGGACCUCCUUCCUCCACCCCUCUCCCUGGAAAGAUCCACUCCACAUCCCCACUCCUCUCCAUGGACCAAGACGCCUCACCAAACACCAGCUCAUAGUCUCCCUGAUUGACUGACCCCAUUUUCUUGGGAGAUUUUCCCACUACAUUUUCAUCCUCUGGUGCCCCAGCCCCACACAGCCUGCUGCUAUCUUCUGAAGAAACACAAGCAGGACUGUGCUGGCAAAUCCAUUAUUUCAGCCUGCUCUUCCCCCCAUCUUUUCUGUCUGGGUCCAUUCCCUUCACACCUAUAUCCAUACCAUCUCUAAUGGCUUGGGACACAUUGGUAGUUUUCAGUUCCUUGAUCCCAAUCGGUUUGCCGUCUUCCCCAGGCCUUCUCCAUUCCCGUAACAUUCAACAUCCCUCCCCUCGCACUCCCACUACCUCUAUUACAACUCUCCCCACAUUGCACCUCUCCUUACACACUCUGCCCUCCCUGGUUCAUCGUUGUCCCAUCCCUUUACCCUCACACUCUCUCUCUCCCACUCUGUCCCCAUCCAGAUGUGGCUCAGGCUAUCUGGAGACCCUCCUAUGUGGUGAAUGCCACCAUCGGACAAUCGAUAACGUUGCGGCCCAUUCUGAAGGCCCACCCUGAGAUAAUUCAGUGGGGUUAUCGCCGGAGAAAUGGGGAGCCUCCUAUCACUCUGUGUGAGAAGAUGGGCAACAAAAGCAGGAUGUGUUUCUCACCCUCCGACACACGCAUGGAGUUGUUGCCUGACUAUGGACUGCAAUUGUUCAUGGUCAAGCCCUCUGACAAUGGGCUGUAUCGCAUGGUAGUUUGGUAUAUCUGGGAUGAGAUGACACGCAGUGUCCUACAACUGCAAGUGUACGAGCCGGUGAAGAACGUGUCUAUCCUGGUGAGUCAAGCAGCGGACUCCAGGGCCUGCAUACUGCACUGCCAGGUGUCGCAUGGCAAUGGGCUGCAUUUCAUGUGGCAGGCUGCCGGCUGUGAGCUGACCUCCGACAAGCUGCACAACAUCACCAAUAAAGGCAGCUCCCUCACCGUCUCCACGGCCGCCAUGUAUUCCAUGAUCUACUCACUCUACCGCUGCACCGUCUCCAACCCUGUCAGCAAGCAGAGCAUGGAGGUCAACCUGAAACGGGAUUGCAGCACAGGGUUUGAUGUGAAGUCAUUACCAAUCUGGGCCUUUAUACUGAUCGGUAUAUUUGGCUUUAUCCUAACAUUCCUCCUGUUCUUUUUCGUCUUCUUGUUCUGGUGCAGGGACAUGAGAUGGUUCCUUCGUAGCAGACUAGCCUGGUUCGGUCCGCCAGUGUCCCAGUACCCGGUUUUUAGCUCCGUUGUGGCUGUUCAGAAUACCCAAGUAACUUCAUGAAGGGUGUGAGAGGACCAGAAAUGCUGCUUAUGGCCUCUCGCUUAGGCAAAACCACCUCUCCGUCACAAGGCUCCAGGACCAGGACCACCACAUCAUCGCUGCCAUCACCUUACUGAUGUGGAGGACCUCCUCUACACCUGCUCCAUCACUGAGGAGGAGGGGAGAUGCAGGGUGUGGGAACCUAGCUCAGUUCAAAGGUGCGGGUGCACUCUUUGUUUGAACCUGAUGUACUCUUUCUCCAGUAAAAAUAAUUUCUGAA